AUGGUAGGUAAUGCCGCAACGGAGCUAAUGCAGCACCUCGCAUCGAGGCACCUUCACCCCAAACCUGCCUGGCUGCAAAGCUUCCUCUCCACUACGCGUCCAAACACAGCCAUUGCUGCAUUAAAGCAGACAUGCCUUUUUCGUCUUCUUGCAACUGAUAUAACGACGUCACUGAGCCAGCCAGCAUCUUCACUGCUUCCAGACGACGUGCUGAGAGGUACAGUCCAGUCCCGCCCCCUUGCUGGACCAAUCGUUUGUCAAGUGCUUGAUGUUGAAGACAUUGGACAGUCGCGCUGGUCACAGGUCGAAGCAAUCGAGGCAAGAGAGCGCGGCGAGACGACAAAAGGACGAGAGAUUAUUCGAGUGAUUGAGCCGGAGAACGACGAUUCCGGUCAAGCUGCUGCGCCUACACAAAGCAAAGGCCCGUUCAAGUUACUACUGCAGGAUGCGAAAGGCAAUCAGAUUUAUGCAUUGGAUCUUCGAGGCAUCGACGGACUCAACACCAACAUGAACAUGGGUGUGAAGCUAUUGCUGCGCAACGUCGAUGUGCGAAGAGCGGUCGUUAUGCUCGAGCCUGGUAACGUGCAGAUCUUAGGCGGGAAGCUCGAAGCACUCGACAAGGCGUGGAAGGAGGGGAGGAAGGAUAGGCUGAUCAAGGCAGCAAACGCAGGUGGAGAUGCGACAUAA